ACCAAUAAAUAAAAAAGCUAUAUAGAGAAGUUUCACUUUCACACUUCACUAUGUAACACUCAUUUUUGGAAUUUAUUCAUUCUUACUUAAAUCUGGCUUUUCCCUACAAAAACCUUUAUUUCUCAGAAUCAUAAACAACCUUCAUAGAUUCCUUCUGCAUUUCACAUUUCGACUGUUUAGUUGUUUUCUUUUUUUUUUAAGGAUUUGAUUUUGUCAUAAAAGCAUUCCCAUUAUGAUGAACAAGAGAUGUGAAUCUUAUCUUGAGCAAGAAACAUGAGAUCUUUGAGCAGUGUGGGACUUGCUCUAAGCAUAGUCUUUGGUUGUUUGCUACUAGCUCUUCUCGCCGAGCUCUACUACUUGCUGUGGUGCAAGAAGAGGAGGUCGACAACGACUAGACCGGAUCUCCAAAAUGACUAUUCUACCCCCGCAACAAGAGAGCUUCUCUUCAUCCUCUGUUGCAGCAGCACCAACCCUUCUUCCUCGUCUCCUCCUUCAUUCUCUAGCCCUAAACCUAUCGAAACUCAACAGCAAUGUCUUCUUCCUCCUGAUGGUGGGUUUGGGAACGUGGUGGGUCCAGGGCUAGUCCCGAGGUUUCUGUUCACUAUCAUGGAAGAAACAGUGGAGGAAAUGGAAUCCGAAGAUGGUGUUUCCACAAAAGGAAAGAGUUUGAAUGAUUUGUUUCUAAAUAUGGAAAGUGGUUCAACUCCUCCGUUCCUUACUCCUCGUGCUUCUCCUUCGUUGUUCACACCUCCGUUCACUCCGUUAACGGAGUCCUGUAACGGCAGAAAAGAAGAGGUCUUCUUCGAGUCAUCGACUGAUGCUGAGUUUAACAGGAUGGUGAGAUCAUCUCCGUUGUCAUCAUCACAUUCACCAGCAUCCUCCUCUUCAUCGUCGCCGUUGCCGAGAUUCAAGUUCUUGAGAGACGCGGAGGAGAAGCUUUACAAGAGGAAAGUGACCGAGAUUUCAGAAGAAGCUGAGGAAGUCAGCUAGGGUUAAAUUGGUAAAAAAAACAGAGUCAGGUUGUGUUGAAGAUGAAGUUUUCAUCAAGAACAUGACAAAAGGUGGUCCAAGAACUUAAAACAGUUUGAAAUGUUUUAUACAAUUGAAAUAAUUGGAAUUUUUGCUAAUUUUUUUUUUCUUUGGAUUUUAAUUGUCUUGGUAAAUUUGAUUUUAGCGUGUUUUUGGCUGCUAUGCUUACCUUGUCAUCAACAUUUUUUGGUAUUAAUUAUUUUGGCUGGUCGUUGGAUUAAGCCGGUUUUGUAAAUUUUCAGUGGAUCAAUAAUUUGUUUAGCCAAUAGUUUGUAAGGUUACUCAAUCAUAUGGUUUUAGAUUGAAAGAAUAAAAAACAAACCUUGGAUUCGUU